UAAGGAAGUCAUCGAUCUACUUGAAAAUUAGCCACUCUGAAACCAAAGAACGGUAAACGAGAGGUAACUUUACUACAGCGUGGUAACAGUUAAAUAACUACAUAAGACGGAAACCACCAACGUUCCCGUUUAUACGUGAUCUCAUAUACGUUUGCUCCAAAGGUAUAUGUCAGUUAGCAAUGAUAAAGCUCCAUCCACCUGACCAUAGCUGGGCUCAGACAUGACGAGAGGAUGACUGAGGAUGGAGAGGACAGCCCCCUCCACCAGUCCUGUGAAGCUCCUGGCAGAGGAGUUUCGGUUGUCAGUGACAACACGCCACCCAAGACCUCCUUAGAAGAUGCUAAAGUCUGCAAGGAAAACAUUGCCCUUAAACUCACUGCUAGAAAUGCAGAUGGAGAUAUCAGCCCAUACCAGCCUCGGCCACCGUCACUACCCAGGCUGUCGAAGUCCAGCAAAAGUGGCUCAGUGGAGGAGACUGUGAGAACCCGGAGGCUGAGGAACAGCCAGGAGAGUCUGAGUGAUCUGGCUGAGACUGGCUCCUCCACAGACUCGCUUAAAGAGGACCAAACAGUUCCAGCUCCAGGUGGCCUUGUUCUCAGCAGUGCUGCCACCAUCAGGAACGACCAGGAUUCCAAUGUGAGACCCCUCUCUGCCGUUACUAGAGGAUCCCCAGUCUUCCGGGACAGAGGCAGUAGUCUGUCUGAGUAUGAAAGGAGGCCCCCCAGCCAGCAGAGCGACCCCGCAGACCACUGGGCGAGGUCCACUAAGGUGCGUUUGUCUCCGGUGCAACCCACCGGGCCCCUGCCUGCUCUGGAGAAGAGCUUUGCGUCAGCCACUUUAAGGGCGGCUAAUAGGAUUGACAGGGAUUGUUUGGAUUAUGCUGUGCUGGCCAGAGAGAAGCUCGGGGAGAGACUCCACAGGAACCUGAGCGACAGCCGGCUUCUAGAGAACAUGGGCUCGGAUAGUGCCUCUGUCAACUCCAUGAGGUCCACCUACAGCGUGCUUAGCCCUAUCAGACCCCAGGAUGUGAGGAACAGGAGCUUUCUGGAGGGCAGCGUGCUGGGAAGCGGUGCCCUGCUUGGGGCUGAGGAGCUGGACCGCUACUUCCCUGACAGGAGAGUGGGCAUCUUCAUAGCCACGUGGAACAUGCAGGGAGAGAAGGGCCUUCCAGCCAACUUAGAUGAUCUCCUCCUUCCAACAGACUCUGAAUUUGCACAAGACUUUUAUAUUGUUGGGGUCCAGGAGGGCUGUCCUGACAGGAGGGAGUGGGAGACCCGUCUUCAGGAGACUCUGGGACCUUACUAUGUCAUGCUGUAUGCAGCAUCACAUGGUGUUUUGUAUCUCACCGUAUUUGUCAGACGAGACCUCAUCUGGUUCUGCUCAGAAGUGGAGCAUGCCACAGUCACAACCAGGAUCAUCUCUCAGAUCAAGACCAAAGGGGCUGUGGGAAUUGCCUUUACCUUUUUUGGCACUUCCUUCCUCUUCAUCACAUCCCAUUUUACCUCUGGAGAUAGCAAAGUUUAUGAGAGAAUACUGGAUUACAACAAGAUCAUCGAGGCUCUAGCCCUUCCAAAAGGCCUUCCAGACACCAACCCUUACCGCUCCACACCAUCUGACGUCACUACGAGAUUCGACCAGGUCUUCUGGUUUGGAGAUUUUAACUUUCGGCUGAGUAAAGACCGAGUUGACGUGGAGACCAUCAUGAACCGCACAGUCAGCGGCGAUAUGGGCCCCCUGUUGGAGCACGACCAGCUCUCCAAGGAAAUGAAUGAUGGUUCAAUCUUUAAAGGCUUCCAAGAGGCACCGAUAAACUUUCUCCCCACAUAUAAGUUUGACAUUGGUUGUGAUAUCUACGACACUACUUCUAAACAGAGAACCCCUUCAUACACAGACAGGAUCCUGUUCAGGAACAGGCAGGCUGAUGACAUAAAAGUGGGCAAGUACACCAGCUGCUCCAGCAUCAAGACCUCAGACCAUCGGCCCGUCAUUGGAGUCUUCCAGGUCAAACUCAGGCCAGGCAGAGACAACAUUCCCCUGGGAGCGGGACAGUUUGACCGAGGCUUGUACUUAGAGGGCAUCAGGAGGAGGAUCACCAGAGAGCUGAAGAGGAGGGAGGCCAUGAAGAACCAAAGUAGCAGCACCAUCUGCGCCAUCUCCUAAACCCUUGGAAAAAACCAUCCGGACCGGAGUGGACUGGAUCAAAAUGUGCCAGAAACUGGAAUGUAGAACCAGGCGGACCAAAAGGAAACCAGAGCUGUCUUAACCACACGGAGCCCAGUGCUGGUCGUGGUAACUGAGCAGAGUGUGCCCUCUGUUGGGCAUUAAUGGGAACUGUGUGUGUGUGUGUGCUUGUGUGUGCCCUGGUUGAAGUGGCUGGCUGUACUUGAGGGCAGGGACCUUGAGGUCAGACAGACACAGCAGCAGUCUGGCUGGCCUUUAUUUAUUCAGCCCCCUCUACUCAAGCAUAACUGAGACAGAA